GCAUCAAUAGUUUUUCAGUGUUUCGUUCGGUUUGCAAGAUGUUCGGAGUGGUGCAGUUUCUAGAAAAUGGGAGAAUGCAAGUCUUGGCCGUCCCCAUGAGUUGGAUGAAAGGACACCUACUCAUGUGGCCGAAGUCGAUUGGAAAUGAAAAGAUAGAGCAAAUGAGAAAAAAUGGCACCGUUUUUCACGGUUCUACGAAAGCCAUUCCAGCUCUUCUGGUCAAGAAAUGUCGUAAAUUAGAAUCGGCAGAAGCAGCUGUUGUAGAAUUGGCCCAGAAAGAGGUGUCUGAUCUUGACGGGAAGAAGAAAAUAUUGAAAUCAAUGAAGAAGAAAAAGUCGGACUCCGGUGCAAAGGAUUUAAAUGAUUUAUGUACAGCUAUUGUCCAGAAGCAGACACCGCUAGAUGCCACAACGCAACAGGUCGCAGCAUCUCAACAUGAUCACAAUCAUAAUGCCACUUCAGCGGCAGCAUCAUUUGUGCACAAUGCUGACGACGAUUCAAUGUCGGUUGAAACUUUUGAAGUCAAUACUGCGUUGCCGGUAAUGAAUCUAUCACUACGAGAGAGCCUUGUACAAGAUGAAGUGGUUGAACAGAACAUAUUGAAGUCCUACACUGUUUCAGAUCAUGAGCUAUACAGAAUGAAUCCGACGAAUGGUGCUGAUGUAAAUCUUCCUACAGAACGGCAACCAGAUAUUACGGAACAAACAGGAAACCCGAAUGAGAAUGUAACCGAUCUCGAUGCACUUAUCAAGCAAGCAGUUUUUGACUCGGUGAAUGAAGCUGUUUCAACAUCCUUUGAAUCAUAUUUGAGCAAGGUAGUCGAAAAAUCUGUUGAACAAGCAGUUUUGAAGGCCGUAAACAAGUGUUUCGAAUCUAAUUUCGCUCGACUAACAGCCACACUUGAGGUUUUGAACAAGGAUAAAUGUAGAUGUGGGUCAUCCAGUAAUGCAACAACGAUCGAGAAACAUAAUCUUAUUGACUCUGAGGAGCAACUAGAGCAGUUCAAUAUUGACUUGCGAGAUGCGACUCUACAAGCCAAAUAUUUGGAAUACUAUUCUCGAAUAAUUGUGCCGAAUUCGUAUGCAGGGAAUGGCGACAAUGCUUGUUAUAUAAUCGCAGACUGUCUAUUCACUAGACAAUUUUGGAAUAAAUUCACAUGGACUGGGGUGAACAGAGGAGAUAAGUGUAAACGUGGUUUCCGUGAGUUCGGAAAUGUGACGGAAUUGAUUUUGAAUCUCGUACAAAUAGGAGACCCUUCUUACACGAAACAACGUUUAGAGAAAUUCUGCAAGAUCCGUUUAUUCAGGCACUCAAAAACCAGAGCUACGCACAAGAUGGUCAGAAAAUCCUCGUGUCGAAACAAACGUACGAAACAGAAGGACAAAUCCGUAGAAGCUGUUGGGACAGAUGACACGGGUCGAUUGAUGAAAGCUACGAACAGUCAAGAUGUUUUUCACGGAAGCUCUGAAGAUACGAGUGAUGAUGAAGAAGAAGAGGAUGUUGGCCCACCAAACGACACAUCUGAGGAAGAUGAGGACAGUCGUCUGCCAUUAGAAAGUGAUGAUUCAUCAGAAUAA